ACUAAAUAUUAUGUGCAUGAUAUCAAAUAGUUUGGAUAUGAAUUGUGAUUCAAUUUAUGUGGAUGUUCGAUGUAUGAGAUAUCCUUAUUCAGUUUCAACGCUGAGCGCGUAAUAUGUUUAUUUGCUAUACGCAGAAGCCCGAGCUGAAUUUCCUAAUUUGUUCGGCUAUAUUUGGAGAUGACGACCAUGGAAAGCUUGAUAGUUGGAAUGGUAGGGAACCGUUUUGGAGUUAUCCCAUACCUAUACCGAACCUCAUCACGGCGCCCACCCCUAGCUACGGCAGCGCCUUCUCCUCCCUGUGGGAUGAGCUUCCCGCCGUCGCUGUGGUCGGUGGCCAGAGUUCUGGUAAAUCUUCUGUGCUGGAAAGCAUAGUUGGAAGGGAUUUUCUUCCCCGAGGAUCCGGGAUUGUUACGAGGCGGCUGCUGGUGUUGCAGUUGCACAAGACCAAAGAUGGGCUGGAGGAGUAUGUGGAGUUCGCUCAUUUGCCAAGAAGACAGUUCACUGAUUUUGCUUUGGUCCGUAAGGAGAUUGAGGAUGAGACCGAUAGACUUACGGGGAAAACAAAACAGAUUUCUGCCGUUCCCAUUCACCUCAGCAUCUAUUCACCCAAUGUGGUAAACUUAACCCUAAUUGAUUUGCCCGGUUUGACAAAGGUUGCUGUUGAAGGACAGCCAGAAAGUAUAGUCCAAGAAAUUGAAAACAUGGUCCGAACCUAUGUCCAGAAGCCAAACUGCAUUAUACUCGCAAUAACUCCAGCCAAUCAGGAUAUUGCCACCUCAGAUGCAAUAAAACUUUCAAGAGAAGUCGAUCCAUCCGGGGAAAGAACAUUUGGAGUGCUUACAAAACUUGAUCUGAUGGAUAAAGGGACUAACGCUUUGGAUGUUCUUGAAGGAAGAGCUUAUCGCUUGCGAUAUCCUUGGGUGGGUGUUGUGAACCGCUCCCAAGCUGAUAUAAACAGAAAUGUAGACAUGAUUUCUGCCAGGACAAAGGAACGUGAAUAUUUUGCUACAAGCCUGGACUAUGGGCACCAUGCGAGUAAAAUGGGUUCAGAAUACUUGGCAAAGCUUCUCUCAAAACAUUUGGAGUCUGUGAUUAGAUCAAGGAUCCCAAGCAUUACUUCUUCAAUAAACAAAAAACAUAUAUGAACUUGAAUCAGAGCUGGACCACCUUGGUAGGCCUAUUGUUCUUGAUGCAGGGGCUCAACUCUAUACUAUCUUGGAACUAUCUCGUGCCUUUUACAAGAUAUUUAAAGAGCAUCUAGAUGGAGGCCGACCAGGUGGUGAUAUAAUCAAUGGCGUUUUUGACCAUCAGCUUCCUGCAGCUUUGAGAAAACUUCCAUUUGACCGCCAUCUAUAUACACAGAACUUGAGGAAAAUUGUUUCAGAGGCAGAUGGUUACCAACCACACUUGAUUGCCCCCGAGCAAGGCUAUAGAAGGCUUAUAGAGGGAUCAUUGACAAGAAUGGUUUUAGAGAGAGGUUGGAGAGCUCCUCCGCUGACGGUGAUUGUUUACCCUGGUCAUUUCUCAGCUCCGCCAUUUAUACACAAUCAGAAGCUACAAGGUCCUAGUCCUGAUCAUCCCUCUUCGUCUUCUGCCAACAGAGCCGCAACCCUACCCCGAACAAUCAAUCAUGGAGACAUAUCAUAAUCAAUCGGGAUGCUUCACCCUACGCCGGUCAUCGUGGACCUUGGAAUUCAAAACCAAUUAUCAGAGUUGCAAGAGAGAGACACACCCGCAGGUCCAUUCAAGUUCAAAAUCGAAGGUAAGAUUUUCUCUUUUAGUCUCUCGAGAUUCAACAAGAAACUAUGCACUACCGAAUUUCAUGGGAAGAAACGAUUCAAUAUCUGGUUGGGCCUAGAUCUCUGCUCUUGGCUACUAGAAUCCCUAACUGAUUUUGCUACCCAAGGAUCUUUAAUAUCAGUAGUUAAGAGAGAACAGAGCAGAUCCAUUUCUUUCAGUUUCCAUUCUCAUAGAACCAGGAACUUCAUUAAGCUAUGCGAGCAUCACAGAGAUGGCAGGACCUGGAUC